AUGUGCGACGAAAUCAGAGCAGAACAAUUCAAAGAGGAGGGCAACAAUUUCUUCAAAGAUGGCAAGUGGGCUGAAGCUAUCCGACUUUAUACAGACGCUAUCAAAUUUGCUGAGACAGAUUCACGAAACCUAUCGAUAUACUACAAAAACCGAGCAGCAGCAUACCUGAAACAAGAAAACUACGAUGCUGCUCUGGAGGAUUGCGAUAAGAGUCUCCAAAUUGCUCCGAUGGACCCUAAAGCCCUAUUCAGAAGAUGCCAAGCCCUGGAAGCUUUGAAACGGUAUGAAGAAGCUUACAGGGAUGCAACCCAAAUAUUCAAAGACGAUCCUACCAAUAAACCUAUACAACCUGUACUCGCCAGGUUAUACAAUAUAGUACAAGAAAGGGCAAGGCAAAAUGCACAGACCAGCAACAAGUUGGAAAGUAUGAUAAAAAUUGCUUUUGAUUUGGCAGAGUCCACAGAAAAACGUGAGACUGCCAUGAAAAACUUGCUGGUAUUAGCGAGAGAUAAUUCUGGGGCGCAAUUGAUGGUGAAAUCGACACUUGUUCAGCAAAUCAAGAAACUGAUGAAAGUAGAAAAAAAUCAAGAUAUUUUUCUUUCUGGUAUUCGAGUGAUUGGGGAACUCUGUAAACACAAUGAGGAAAGAACUAAGAUAGUCUUGAAAGAAGUUGGUGUGCCCUGGUUUCUAGAAAUAAUCGAUUCCGUAGAUGCAAAACGAGUAAACGCUGGUGAACAUUGCAUGCAAAGCAUCCUAAAUGCACUUUCCGGAAUGGAAAACAAACCAGACACCAAACCAAAUCAGGAGUUGAUUGACAAGAACAAAAAACUCAUAGACACCCUCCUCACUUGCCUGGUCUGCUCCAUCAACAACAGAUUGAUAUCAGGUCUUGCCAGGGACGCCAUAAUAGGACUUUUGAUAAGAAACAUACACUACAAUCAACUCAACUGGUCAGAGCAACUCCUAGAGAAAGGCGGAGUCGAGAAACUCAUGGAAUGUGCCAGUGAGCUGGAAGAAUAUAAGUAUGAGAGUGCUAUGAAUAUUACUCCUAGUACCAGAACCAUAGCAGCAGUAUGUUUGGCGAGAGUAUAUGAUAAUAUGUACCAUGAUGCCUUGAAAGAGACAUUCAUGGACCGCAUCAACAAUUUUAUGAAAGACAAGCUACUAACACCUGAUAUCGAAUCCAAAGUGCGCAUAACAGUGGCUCUGACAGCUCUACUUCGUGGCCCGUUUGAUGUGGGCAACUCCAUACUAGGGAGAGAAGGCAUCAUGGAAAUGAUACUGGUAAUGGCAAACACGGAAGAUGAGCUACAGCAAAAAGUCGCUUGCGAGUGCAUAAUAGCAGCCGCCAGCAAAGCUGACAAAGCAAAAGCCAUCAUCAGCCAAGGAGUCAACGUUUUGAAGCAACUUUACAAAUCAAAGAACGACCACAUCCGCAUCAGAGCCCUGGUGGGGCUCUGCAAAUUGGGCAGCUCGGGAGGCAGCGAUUCUGCUUCGCGACCCUUUGCAGAAGGCUCCACCCUCAAGCUGGCUGAAGCUUGCAGACGAUUCUUGCUGCAACCCGGCAAGGAUACAGACCUGCGCAAAUGGGCUGCCGAAGGCUUAUCCUACUUGACCUUGGACGCAGAAGUCAAGGAGAAAAUGAUCGAGGACAAGGCUGCCCUGCAAGCUUUGAUAGAACUAGCGAAAAGCGGAGACCAAUCAGCGCUUUUCGGCGUAGCCACAACUCUUGUCAACUUGUGCAACGCAUACGAGAAGCAAGAAGUCAUACCGGAGAUGAUCGAGCUAGCCAAGUUCGCUAAGCAACACAUACCGGAAGAACACGAGCUGGAUGAUCCGGACUUUGUUACCAAACGCGUACUAGCCCUAGGUAACGCCAACGUGACCACAGCCCUGGUAGCUCUAGCUAAAUCGGAAAGCAAUCACUCCAGAGAACUCAUUUCCAGAGUUUUCAACGCUUUAUGUAGCGAGCCAGAGCUCAGAGGCAUAGUGGUGGCUCAGGGAGGCGUUAAAGCCCUUACUGCAAUGGCCUUGAACGGCACCGACAAAGGCAAAAGACAAGCCGCUCAAGCCCUAUCCAGGAUAGGCAUCACCAUCAAUCCUGAGGUGGCUUUUCCUGGACAGCGGGCGCUGGAGAUCAUCAGACCUCUUGUAGCUAAUUUGCAUCCAGAGUGUUCAGCUUUGGAGAACUUCGAGGCCUUGAUGGCCUUGUGCAACAUUGCGCAGAUGAACGAGACCGCCAGACAGCGCAUACUCAAAGAGGGCGGCUUCUCCAAGAUAGAACACUACAUGUUCGAGAACCAUGAGUAUCUCUGUAGGGCUGCUACGCAGUGCAUGUGCAACAUGACGCAAUCCGAGGAUGUCAUUAGGUUGUUUGAAGGAGAGAAUGAUAGGGUGAAGCUAGCAGUUUCGCUGUGUCUGGACGAGGACAAAGACACUGCCAUGGCUGCAGCUGGAAUGCUGGCUAUCCUAACUGGGGCUAGUAAAAAUUGUUGUGAGAAGGUUUUCGGGUCUAAAAAUUGGCUGGAAGCAAUGCAUUAUUUGCUGGCGAACCCGGUUGUUAGCAUGCAGUUUCGGGGGGUUUGUGUGGUCAGCAAUAUUGUGGGUGCUUCCAAGGAGCUCACUGAGAAGCUCAUGGAGACUGACGUCAUGGAGAUUUUGAUGGCCUUGUCGAAAUUUUCUGGUGAUGAGGAGAAGAAACAGAUUGUGGAGGUGGCUAACAAUGCCUUGCUGGAGGCUGAGAAGUGGGGAGUCAUUAAGAAGCCUGAUGAGGAUGAUGACUGA